CAAAGCCCUGCGAAUAUUGCCCAAUGAAGGACCUCGAAGUGACAAAGGUUGAGAAGCACUUCUCUGAAACAUCAUUUCAAAAUAUGCGCUCAUGUUUGUUUACGCGUUAUUCGCCAUCCUCUCUUUGUGCGUAACAAGACGCACAGUUAAACACGAAAAAAGACCGCUGGCUAAUUCUACCAUACAGUAAGUGCUUAGCUGUGAACGCGAGAAGAAAGUCCACACAUGGUGUUGCGCUGGAGUGGAAUACGGUUAUCGGGGUCCCUCACUCACCCUCGCGCGCGCGUCCGCGGCUCUCAGAGGAAGUGCUGCUUGUGCUGAAAGAACGGCUGGGAGCGCAACACACAAGGACGCAGCGCGAGAGAGGACAGCACGAGCAAAGAGGUGCACCUGUAAUCCACGCUGCUCACUCGCCGAUGUGCGAAUAGUGUGAGAGCAUCCAGAAGAGAUAUUCUACACCACGCGCAUACCCAUGCUUGGGAUUUGGCUUUCUUUUUCUUCGCUAAUGCAAAAGGAAAUAUGCAGCGAAGCCUCACACUGCUCUGCACCAGUUUUCUGGGAUUGUGCUUCGGUUCCAGUUUCCCAAGUAAUAUCAACAUAGGAGGAUUGUUCCCAACCGAAUCACACGAAUAUGAAGUGUUUCGGUUUGCGCUCUCGCAACACCAGGAAAUCCCUAAACUGGUACCUCAAGUGGAUAUGGUCAAAAUGGGGAAUAGCUUCUCCAUGACAUAUGCUUUCUGUUCGCAGUUCUCUAAAGGAGUGUAUGCCAUCAUCGGCGUGUACGACAGGAAGACCGUCAACAUGUUGAUGUCGUUCUGCGGUGCUCUACAUGUCUGCUUUGUGACGCCCAGCUUCCCCAUGGAAAACUCCAACCAGUUUGUCAUCCAGCUGAGACCUGAACUGCAAGACGCCCUGGUGGGCGUUAUCGAGCACUACAAGUGGUCCAAGUUCGUCUACAUGUACAGCUCGGACUCUGGACUGUCAGUUCUGCAGAAGGUUCUGGACACAGCAGCAGAGCAUAACUGGCUUGUGACCUCCGUGAACGUGGAGACAAUGACAGAAGCAUCCUUCCUCAAAGUGUUCCAGGACCUGGACAAAAGAAAGGAGGGCCAGAUCAUCAUUGACUGUGAGCUGGAGAGACUCACCUCCAUCCUGAAGAAGAUCAUCGAGCUGGGGAAGAAUGUGAAGAGUUACCACUACAUCCUAGCAAACCUGGGAUUUCUGGACAUCGACCUGACAGAGUUUAAGAAGGGUGAGGCGAAUGUAACAGGCUUCCAGCUGGUGAACUACGCAAACCCUAAUGUCAGUAGGACAGUGCAGCAGUGGAUGGACUUUGAAAACAAAGACGCCAAAGUUCCCAAGCGCGGACUGAAGUAUACUGGAGCUCUCACAUAUGAUGGGGUCAAAGUCAUGUCCACAGCCUUCCAGAACCUCCGCAGGCAGAGGAUAGAUAUAUCUCGCCGUGGAAAUGCUGGAGAAUGUCUGGCCAACCCACCAGCACCUUGGGGCCAGGGCAUUGAUAUUCAGAGAGCACUUCAACAGGUUCGGAUUGAAGGCUUAACGGGACACAUUCAGUUUAACGAAAAAGGACGAAGGACAAACUACACUGUCAGUGUGAUGGAGCUCAGGCCGACGGGACCAAAGAAAGUGGGUUACUGGAAUGAGGAUGAGAAAUUUGUGAGCACGGCGGCCUACAUGCCAGGCAGUAAUGAUACUUCCGGACUACAGAACCGCACAUAUAUUGUUACCACUAUUCUGGAAUCGCCAUAUGUCAUGCUGAAGAAGAACCACGAGCAGUUUACAGGAAAUGAUAAAUAUGAAGGUUACUGUGUGGAACUGGCAGCAGAGAUAGCCAAACAUGUGGGAUACCACUACAUGCUCAAGAUAGUGGCUGAUGGGAAAUAUGGAGCCAGAGAUCCUGAGACCAUGAUGUGGAAUGGGAUGGUGGGAGAGCUUGUCUAUGGUAAAGCUGACGUAGCUGUGGCCCCACUGACCAUAACCCUUGUCAGGGAGGAAGUCAUUGAUUUCUCCAAGCCUUUCAUGAGCCUCGGCAUCUCCAUCAUGAUCAAAAAGCCCACCAAGUCCAAGCCUGGUGUGUUCUCCUUCCUGGACCCUCUGGCCUAUGAGAUCUGGAUGUGUAUUGUGUUUGCCUACAUCGGUGUGAGCGUGGUGCUUUUCCUAGUCAGCCGCUUUAGUCCCUACGAGUGGCACGCAGAUGACUGUGAGGAAGGAGCUGAGCAGAACCCUAACCAGCCCUCCUCGUCAUCCGCCCAACCAGGUCAGGGCCAACAGAACCAGAACCAGCAGAGUCAGGAGCAGACCAAUGAGUUUGGUAUCUUCAACAGUCUCUGGUUCUCAUUGGGAGCUUUCAUGCAGCAGGGCUGUGAUAUCUCCCCCAGGUCUCUUUCUGGCCGUAUCGUGGGUGGUGUGUGGUGGUUCUUCACUCUAAUCAUCAUCUCCUCAUACACAGCCAACCUAGCUGCUUUUCUCACAGUGGAGAGGAUGGUGUCACCCAUCGAGAGUGCAGAGGAUCUGGCCAAACAGACUGAGAUUGCUUAUGGGACUCUAGAUGCCGGCUCCACCAAAGAGUUCUUUAGGAGGUCAAAGAUCGCGGUCUUUGAGAAGAUGUGGUCCUAUAUGAAAUCAGCAGACCCCUCAGUGUUUGUAAAAACCACAGAUGAAGGAGUUAUACGGGUGAGGAAGUCCAAGGGGAAGUAUGCCUAUCUUCUGGAGUCCACCAUGAACGAGUACAUCGAGCAGCGCAAACCCUGCGACACUAUGAAGGUUGGAGGGAACCUGGACUCCAAAGGCUACGGCAUCGCCACCCCCAAAGGAUCCCUUCUCAGAAUCCCAGUUAACCUAGCGGUGUUGAAACUCAGUGAGCAAGCCGUCUUAGACAAACUGAAAAACAAAUGGUGGUACGAUAAGGGGGAGUGUGGAAGCAAGGACUCCGGAAGAAAGGACAAGACCAGUGCUCUUAGCCUCAGCAAUGUGGCUGGGGUCUUCUACAUUCUGAUCGGCGGUCUGGGUCUGGCCAUGCUGGUGGCCCUGGUGGAGUUCUGCUACAAGUCCAGAACAGAGUCCCGCAGAAUGAAGCAAUCCAUCAACGACGCCAUGCGCUGCUCCACGCUGACCAGGAUGAGCGGGAAUGGUAGCGGCGGGGAGAACGGGCGGAUCGUCACACAUGACUUCCCCAAAGCUGUGCAGACGCUGCCGUGCAUGAGCCACGCGGCCAGCAUGGGCCUGGGAGCCUCUGGCAUGUGACCAUCUUGACGGAGCGGCACGCGUCACAUGUAACGCACGGACCUCCCGUUCACCUGCCGUCUGCCCCUAUGUCUGUCUGCCCGCCCCGCAACAGACGCAUCGUACUGCCAAAAUGCACUCGAAGACUCUUCUCAGUGAAUAGCCACCAAUAAAACUCUUUUCUAAAGAAAGACGAAACAUUUCAAAAAAGGAAAAAAAAAAAAAGUGUUGCAAUAAUAAGCCUGUGGAACUCUUUUGGGGAAAAAAGUGUUCGUUUAUGUCAUGAAUUCAAAAAAAAAAAGAAAAAAAAAAAAAAAGAAGAAGUCUGUGUCCGAUUCGACACUCGCGCUGUGCCAAUAUUAUAAACCUGUUUACUUCUGUCUGAGUGUGCAAUAUUUUAGUUCAUAUCAGUGUUCGGCAAUGUUGUCUCUAACUUGAUUUUCUUUUCAAGGAUUAGCUCACAGAGAUGUUUUGUUUUUUGCACAGAUAUGUUCUACGAUAUGACAAAUACAGCAUUUCUGUAAGUUCCUUUUCCUUAUACUUACUAGAAAAGAGUUAGAGUAAGCUAAUGAGCAAGAUCUUACUCAUUUAUAUGGAUCCAGUGCCCCGUUAACAACUUUGCUUAUUUCUCUCCGUCACUCUGCAUAUUGAAGAAACAUAUCAGCUCAUUUAGCGACCUGUCGAUAGUGUAAAUACUCCGAUGUAAAUCUGAAACUGAGUGAGGGAUAAAUUUGAUUUGUUGUCAAUCGGUAGAGCAUAGCUGAAAUGAACUUGUUGAUAAUCUUGCUCUGUGAUUUCCCACCUCAUGGACCUUGCAUAGCUGCUACGCCUCGUUUCAGGCACCAUACCUCAUCAGAGACCUGGGAGUGAGCCGUCAUAUGUUUUGAUUGCCACUUCAUUGGGAGCUCUCCCAGGAAGGAGGAAAAUUUGACCUCAGUUAUGGGCAAAUGUGCUUUAAUGAGCUAGUUUUUGCCCACCACAAACCACCCGAUCUCAUUAAAGAGAAGCCAUUGAGUAUGCAUUAUAAGAAGUUAUUUGUGAAUGGUGGUGCUGUAACAAAAAAUGACUUAUGAUGAUACUUUGUUAAUGAUUCGUUCAUAUACAACUAGGCCUGCAUGGAAUAUUUCAGAGAUUUCCACCAAAUGCCCAUCAUUCAGUUUAUACACAUCCUCUGUCAAUAUUUGGCUAAUUCCUGUUGAAAUCCAUUCAACAGAUUUUCCCCCCUCGAUCAGUGCAGAAAUUGUAAAACAUGUUAUGUGGGGGGCCUACAUGUGACAUGGCCAAUGAAAAUUAUCAUCAUUUACUCACCCUCGUGUCAUUUUCCUCUGUGGAACACAAACACACUAAUUUUUUCUUCUGUAGAAUGUGAAUCUAAUGUUAUUUUGGACCCCAUUACCUUUCAUUGUAUUGACAAAAACAUUGAUAUCCAUAGAAGGAAGUCAUGCAGGUUUGGAACGACAUGAGGGUGAAUAAAUAAUGACAGAGUUUUCUGUUAAUAGAACAAACAAAGAAAAGAAAGCAGAUCAGCUAGGCCUACAAGAUCCAGACAUAGGCGAAACUGUCCUGUACACACACUGUGCAACAAGGCUCCUCAUGAGAUGAUGUUUGUGGAGAUAUCAUUGACCGGCUUCUGGGGCCAAGCUGACCUUUCAGAGCUCUUGGCUUCAUCACUGCAGGCUUUCAGAACAUGGCUUCUAGCUCAACAUAAACAGCUCUACCUAUUCAGCCUUCCCCUGCACACUGCCAUUGUACCGUGAAACAUGACACACUGUGUGGCCAUCGAAACUCUUAUAUUUCUCUGGCUUUUUCUUUCCAUUUCCUUGACGUGUUUUAUUAGGCACAGAACACUGCGGUCUUUUAUGGCCUCAUGUGAGAGCAGUAUUUUAUAAGCAGUAAAAGAUUUGUAAAGUUCAAGUGAGACAUUUAACAUUUAUACCGCUGUGAGAUUUUGAAGAGUUGAUUGAACUAGUGUUUUACACAUUGUUGAUGCAAUGUUACAUGAUAAUGAUGGAUAUUCUCACUGAUAAGGAUGAUGAUUUCGAUUAGUUAAGAGAGAAAUCUGGUCUUUGAGAGUCUUUGUGUUUCUACUAUAACAAUGUUGAUACUUCUUAUUUUUGGGGUAUUUUAAUGCAAAAUUUUCUUCAUGCUCACCUACUUCUUGACUAUUCCACAAACGUUAGCAUUUUAUUUGGGAUCUUAUUAUUUUUUUGUUUUUUUUGUAUUGUUUAUCAUAAAGGAGAGAUGUGGUUGAAAUUUUACUGGAAAAUACAUUCAAUAAAUAAUGAAUAAAACUUUUCUAACCACAA